UGUUGCUCCUGCUCUAGCGGCAGCGGCCGCCUCCCUCGGACGGGGAGAGAAGCUGACGGAUCCAAUAUGGCCGCCCUGAUCCUGAGGAGAGAGUGAGAGGCCUAGGAGCCCGGGGCAGCCCCCCAGCAGCAGCCGCCCCUGGGGGCGGGGAAAGGAGGAGCGGGGGGAACCAGCCCCUGCAAAGGUCCAAGCUCCCCCCAGCUCCUGCCACCCCCCCGGUCCCUGGGUGUCCUGGUCUCUGGGGGGAGGGGCAGCCUCUAGCUGAUCGGGGGGGGGAGCACUUGCCAUAGGUCCCCUGUGCCAGCUCCCACUGAGCCCCACCUCCUGGGGUACGGGGGGGAUGGGGAAGAGAGGGUAGAGAGCAGGCAGCUAGGAGGGUCCCUGGGUUGAUCAUUGCUGGGGAGGAACGAGCCAUUCAUUUCUAGCUUCCCAUCAGCCCUCUUUCCCUGGGAUCUUUAUUUUUGUUGGGGGUGGGAAGGGGGCAAUAGAGGUGGAGAGAGAAGCGUGACAGGCAGGUGGGGAGUCUCAGGGUGGCUUUUUCGGGGGGGGGGGAGAUAAGCCAGCUAAAAACAUACACAUUUUCCAGCUUCUAAUAAACCCAGUUUUCCUGAUUUAUUUUGUACUUGGGGGGCAGGAUUAAAUGUGUAUAUUGACGUGUGGGAGAGGAGGGGGUCGUCUCUGGGGGAGAGAGUUGCAGGAAAUUAAAACAAGACACUUUAAAAAGCCUUUUCUCAGCUUCAUAGUAAACCAAAUUUCCCUGGCCUAGGAAGGGAGAGGAAAGGGGGUCAGGGACAGGAAAACAGGACUAGAACUGCAUAUUGAAAUGUGGGAACUGCUAAGUAGUUAUAGCAAAUAUUAAUUAAUAAAAAGGGAGGAAAGAAGCAAUCACAGGCAAAAAGCAAGCUGUGUGAUAUUAAGCAUCUUCAGAUAACCCUAUUUUAGCGGGUUAGUUAUAUUUUGGGAGCUUAUUCUUAAUUUCUGGGGGAGUCAGAUUUUUAAUUUUUUAAUAUUUAAAAAGAAUGUAGGAAGAUACAGCUGUGCAGUGUGGGGAAGAGCCUUAAAGUUGAACAGCUGUGUGGCAAGCCAGUUUUCUGAAAAUUUAACACCCAAUUUCUAAAUCUCCUGCUUUUGGAGAGGGAUCUGUUCUUUGGGGUAAAGUAGUAUUACGAGAAGAGUGUGUGUGUAUCGGGGGGAAGACAAGUGCUAAAAGUAACCAUCACAAUUAAAAAUAAAGAAGAAAGUACAGGUUGAAUUUUCAUUUUGCAGAUUCCAAUGACUUUUUCUUGGUUAUUGUGGUAGAGUCUCGAACUUAAAUUUCCCAGACAUUUAGUUAGUUAUAAUAAAAUUAAAACAAAAUAAAUUGGGAGCAGAGGAAAGUAGACAAAAACCUCCUUUUUAAAAAGAGAUCCACUCUGUAUUUGCAAAAGUGGCAAAGGAGCUACUAAUAAUAAGGAAACAGAGUAGCGUCAAAGCUUUAGAAAAAUGAUGUUUUUAAAAGAAAUGACCUAGAGGGUGCAGGAUAGAUUUUUUGGAUCUUCCCUUCCUCCCCUUCCUUUUCUCGGUGGGGUGAGGUAGAUGGAGAGAUUUUUGGCAUUGGAGUUAUUAGGAAAAUUCUUUAGUCUACCUUCUUUAAUAUCACAUCUGAUGAUCUAACUUUAGAAGUUAGGCUUCCCUGACACGAGAGCCAUAUUGUAAAAUCAUUCACAAAGAGUUUAAGCUGUUCUGUUGGGUUUUUUGUUUAUUUAAAAAGUAAAGUAAAAGGGAGGAAUAGAAGACUCUUUAAAAAUUCUUGUUCAGCCCCGUGUUCGAAUCAGUGCAGUAGGGCGGAUAUAAACAAGACAAGAAGAGCUUCAAAUUAAGGGUUGCAGUGCUGGGAACAGCCCCCCAAUCCUCUGGAAUUGGGUGGCACGUGACGGGAUCAGCCAUCGUGCAGGAUGGACACCUUGAAACGGAGUCGAGCGCAAGCCUGGCCGGAGGAGACGGGGGACAGGGAGCAUGGACUCUAUAGUUUGCACCGCAUGUUUGACAUUGUGGGCACUCACCUGACCCACCGGGACGUACGUGUGUUGUCCUUUCUCUUUGUGGAUGUGAUUGAUGACUACGAGAGGGGGAUGAUCCGCAGCGGCCGGGACUUCCUGCUGGCACUAGAAAGGCAGGGCCGCUGUGAUGAGACCAACUUCCGCCAGGUGCUGCAGCUGCUGAGGAUUAUCACGCGCCAUGACCUGUUGCCCUAUGUCACGCUGAAGAGGAGAAGGGCUGUGUGCCCAGACCUCGUGGACAAGUACCUAGAAGAGACGUCCAUUCGUUACGUGAUGCCCCGAGCUCACAGCGACGCAGAGCAUGGUCUCACCCACCCCCACAAAUCAGUGCCUCCCCAUCACCCUGUGGUCUGCCGCUCCUCCGCUGGACCUCCGGUCUGUACCAAGAGGCCUGGCCGUGGGAGAGCCCUCCUCAAUAGCCAGCAUAAGAGGAGGAAGUCAAUGACGCCGGAUCCUAAAGAGAAACAGACUUGUGACAUCCGCCUGCGAGUCCGAGCCGAGUACUGCCAGCACGAGACAGCGCUCCAGGGCAACGUCUUCUCCAACAAGCAGGAUCCCCUGGAGCGGCAAUUUGAGCGCUUCAACCAGGCCAACACCAUCCUAAAAUCCCGGGACUUGGGCUCUAUCAUCUGUGACAUAAAAUUCUCCGAGCUCACCUACCUCGACGCCUUCUGGCGCGACUACAUAAACGGCUCGUUGCUGGAGGCCCUCAAGGGCGUCUUCAUCACGGACUCGCUCAAGCAAGCCGUGGGCCAUGAGGCCAUCAAGCUGCUGGUCAACGUGGACGAGGAGGAUUAUGAGGUUGGGCGCCAGAAACUCCUGCGGAACUUAAUGCUGCACACGGCCCCUUGACCCUCCCCCGGGCUUGGCCUUGGCCGCUCUUUGGGAGCCAAUCGUUUCGUUUCGUUUUUUUAAAAAGGAAAAAUCAUUUAAAAACCCACCGACCCCCAGCAAACUCCUGCCAAGUGCGGUGUAACUGUAGGACCUGCCUGAGCGGCAGGAGUUAGCCAGCUCUCUGGUGGCCCCAGCCCGGCCAAGAGCCCAUGAUACCUGGGGCAACCCAGAGAGCAACUCCCCCUCUGCUCCGGGAGCCUGGCCGGAGGACGCCGAACCGCCCAGCGGUAGGAAGGGAGAGCUGCCGGCAGGAACGCUGGGUGCUCACGCGUUCUGUCCUGUCCCCCCUCUGCCCCGGGUUCUCUUGUGCUGGUUUUUCUUUUAUACGGUCUUCUUUUUAAAAAAAGGCAAAACUGUCUUGUGGGGCCGGGGCCCCGUGCGUGUGGGGGACGCAGGGCGGAGAUGGGCUGGCGAGGUGGGGCUCUUGAUUAUUCACUUUAAUAAAAAUGAGCGAGCGCAGCGGGAGCUGUGUGCGUGUGGAAUGAACAGCUGUGGGGGUUGGGGGCCUGUGGCAUUAGCCUUCCCUUGAUGGGAGCCCGUUUCCACCAGUCCACUUAGCACUCAGCUGGCGAUCUUGCCGGGUGUGCCCUUAGCCAGUUUGGGUGUCUUUCCAGUGUGGGAUGCCAGGAGGGAGGCUGAGCUAAGGUGACUGCUGGCGUGGCCCUGGGGCAUCAUCUGCUCGAGGCCGGGCGGGCUUGUUUCAGGAGUGACAGCUGCAUCAAUGGAGCUCGUGCUGAGCUGUGGAGUCAGUGUUCCUUUCUCCUAGGCCUUUGUUAUCCCCUUCCCAACAAUCCCUGCCAGGCCUCUGAUCCCAGAGAGGAAACCUGAGCAAGGGGCGCCCUGCCCUGCUGCUGUCUGAUGCAUAGAGCUGGUCCAGCCACAGCCGCUCUCCCCCCGGAGCUGAGAGAUGCUUGCAGGCCCAACAGGAGAGUUCUGCACAGGGAGAUGUGCAUCCCCACUCCCUUUGCCUGCAGGGUGGGGGCGCAGGUGGGCAGGGCUGGGCUUUUGGGAUGUUCCGGGGCAGUGUCGCAGCAGCAGGGUCUGGGCUGGGGAAUGCCCAACACUGGCCCAUGUCACAGACGAUGCUCCAAUGUCUCCCUCUUGCUACUACCAGGUCAGGCUCAGUGGCGGUGCGGUGGGGUUGGCUGCGGGACGCAGGGGUGAGCUGGGCUGGGCAGCGGGGAGGGAUGCAGUUCCGCAGGCUGCAGGGUAAUGCUUUGGCACGGGGCCUGUUCCCAACUGGGAAGAAGGUGGCUCCUGUUUGAUCCUACCCCAUAAUGGACGGUUUGUGAGAUGAAUUUGUUCCCCCUGCCCAGCUCUACGGCUCCAGAUGGGAACCUAGAGGUGGGGAAAAAUCCACUCAGGGAGGUAUUGCUGGUUUGCUCCUGGUCAGCUCCUUGGCGCUGGGUCGUCUGUCUGUUGCUGCACUGGACAUCCCACGAGGAAGGAGCUGCUCCCAACAGGCGCGAGUAGGAGGUGCUGGCCUGUCUAGUUACAGUGUGGGGCCAGCAAGCUGUUUGUUUGCAAAGCGCCUGGCACCUCGGGGCUGCUGUAAUACAAACAGUCUCAGAACUGGCCCUCGGCCUGCCCCUCCCUUAUGAUCCCCACAGCUGAGAGAACCCUCGCCCAGCAUGGGGAUUGAGCUGGAUAAAGCAAGAACACGCUAGAGGCUGUGGUCCGAGUGCCUCCCCCCUGCACGCAGGACACCGGAGGCCACUGAGUGGGCUGGGGCCGGUGGCUGGCUUAGUUGCAUAUUUUACAUUUUGGGAUGACUUUUGUUACCUUUUGGUAACAGGCCUCUGGGCUUGUUCCCUCCUCUCGAGCCCAGAACUUGGUGCCAGGACAGACAUAGCCAGUUACAUGUCCACUUUGUAACAUGAUGUCCAGGCUCCAUUGAGCCUGGGGCCAGACCUGGCACCUGGAGGCUGAGUGGGUUUGUCAUUGAAAUGGUCACACUGAGUACUGAUCUUCCAGGGGCAUCGAGUGCAUUUUAAUUGGAAAAUUCUCUUCCUCCCCAGUUCUUUUCCUGGUAACUCAAGUAGACACUCAAGGAUUUAGGAGCCUCAAAUCUAAAGCAGCUCCACACAAUUCCACACUGAGUUUAAGGAGAACAAAUGGGUCUGACAGUUAUUUUUCUGGAUUUGAUUUUCUUCUUCCCACCCUCCCACAUCUCUGCUGAGCUGCAGGGUGUUUUCCCUAUCGGCCCAGAUGCUCAAAGGUAUGUAGGUGCCCAACUCCCAAGGGGAGAUACACACCUCAGUACUCUUGAGGAUCUGUGCCUUGAAAGACUGUUGGAAGCCAGAUCAGUGCACACGGGGUGGAGGAAUGUUUGUUAUGAAUUGUUGCUGCCCUACCCAGCCAUGGGCAGAGGGACAAGAAAGGGCGUUGUGCUUACCAAGUCCCCAUCCACGGAAGAGGGCAUGUGAUAGCCCUGCGGGCUGCAACCCUCAUGCCUCAAUGGGAUUGUUUGGUGUGUGUGUGUUGAUGCAUUUUCUAUCCACAGGUUGUCUCAGUUGAGAGCGUGUAGACCCCCUCCCCUCCCCACACACACCUCCCUCUUUAAGGACAAUUCUGGCACAAACUGUGUAAUUUCUGUGACUCUUCUGUAUUUUUUAAACUUCCAAUAUAACAGUCAUAAUCCCCGUGUAGCUUUCAGUUUUCUUGAAAUAAACAUCUACUGCA